GAUCCGCGGCCCGAAGACCAAGCCCGAUUUCGGAUGCUGUCUUCGAAAAUAAAAUUUACUUUAUUUUUUACACACACACACACACACACACACAUAUACACAACGAUCGAUCGAUCCGACCUGUCCAACCUCAUGGCUCUCACACGCGCACAACGACGAGCGUCACUUAAGAAAUCAGUGUCCUUUCAAGAAGAUAUACAAAAGGAGAUCACUCCUGAAACAACUUCCGAAUAUACUACAGCCAACGAGCUUAAUAGCAACGAAGUAUCGUCAAACGAACAUUCAGACACAGAAGCAAAAGUAGAACAACAUAUAAAUCAAAAAGAACAAUCAGAAGAAUUAUCGUCGGGAUCCGAGGCCUCUUUAAAUGGGAACGAAAAAGAAAGCUCUGAAGAAGAAGACAGUGACAGGGACAGCUCCGAGGACGAAGACGAUGACGAAGAUCUUGACGCUCUGUUAAAUAAGGCCCAAAAAGCACUCAGUAAACAGCAUAUUGGAGAGCAGGAUCAAAUCAAGCUGUAAGUUCUCUCUCUCGUAAAAAUUGGAUAUGGAUGUUGUGUUAAAAGAUUGGUGGACUUAUUAUCAUAACUAGUGAUACCGAAGAAGACGAGAACGAUAAAUCUCAAUACAAGUUACCCAAAUUGGACUCACGGAUUGCCAUGGACAAAGAAUUAUACAUUCAGCGAACAGGUGGCAAAGUUGCAAGACUGGUAGACGGCACUGUAGACAUGAUUGGUCAAGACGAUAGCAAGAAAAACCGGAAACACAAAAAGGUUGUAGAGGCGGUCAAGGAACGGGAAAAGGAUGACAAGGAGCGGUUAUCACGAAAACAACGACAAGAGGUUUGUGUUAUUCUUCAUUAAGGCAUAGUCGUAUCUUUGAGGUGUGAUGGAAUAGAAAGAUUAGUU